UGUAAUAUGAUGUAACCAAUUUGAAACGGGACGGGUGGAUACAGCUUUAGGGAGCGGGAGAGGGAUAGAAGAUCCGGUGUCAACGCUGAUUGUAGCGGUGGAGUGCGAAGGGAACGUGCUACCGUGCGUUCUACUAUUUAUAAUCAAAUCGGGCGCGUCUGUGUGCGUGCGUGUUUACGCUAUGCACCGCACCACUACACGGAGAGGGGCCGAGCGAGGCAAUGAUGUGCACGAAGUAUUAUCCCUUAUUACACGAUUUGCUUCCGCGCUGGACGCACGUGCAAGCCGACCUGUUUACCCGGGCUGUUGCGCGCACUGAGUUUGUUUACAUGCAGCGACAAUGCAUAGUGCGUUAGUUGGUGCCAUUGUGUCAUCGACCGUGCGCGCUCCGACGCUGUGACGAGUGAAUCACGGACGCUCGUACUAAUUGUUCGCGUAAAACUUUGUGAACAAGAACUCAUUUGUGAUCUCCAUUAGCCAAAUUGUGAAGACACCGGUGUACGGUGAAGUGAACUUGUUUGUGCAAGAUUGACACUAAAUUUUUCAAUAACAAUAAACUUUAUAAAACAAAAAUUAUUUUCGUCGAAUUGAAGAUUUUAAAAUUUAAUAUUUUUUUAUUGAGAGGGCAACACCAAAAACCGAGGAGAGGUCGAACCAUAAAAGACCAUAGCAUUUAUGCAUACAAAAUUCAUUGUGAAUCCGAGAUUCCAUCGUAGAAGACAAAAAUGGCAAUAGCAUUCAACUUACCGAGCGAGCGAGAAGCUAACGACGAGAACUUCUCCCGGUUGAACCGCCUAUUGGCUGAGCUAUACGAGGUGUUGUGCCACAUCCUGGUCUCCCGCCAGCCUGGCCCUGAGGCCCAGGAGAGCAGGCGAG